AUGACUACCCCCACCCCCUCCACCCUCCGCACUCUCUGGUUCAAAUGGAAAGCCCUCCGCCUCCCCUGGCGCUCCAAAUACCUCGUCGGCCAAGACCUAACCGGCAACACUUACUGGGAGUUCGUCGAUCGCCUCCCCUCUUCCAACUCCAACAACCCCCGCCGCAUGCGCCGCAUCGUCGAAUCCACCAACCGCCGCAUCCACCACUCCGACGUGCAAAUCUCUCCACAGUGGCAUCAAUGGCUACGACAUACGCGGUACGAUGCGCCGACUCUCGAGGAGCAGCAGAUGGAUGUCACGAGGCAGAUACAGUUGAAGCAUAAUGCGAGACUAGCGGAUGCGAGGUGGGAGGCGAGGGCGAAGUUGGUGGAGAGGCCGAAGAAGGAAGAAGUGGAGAGGCCGAGGGUGACGGGGAUGAGUGCUGUGCAGGAUGAGACGGGGGGGACGGGUGAGACCAUAAGAGGAGGGGAUGCGCCGAAGACGGAGCCUGAUCAUAAGGAGGGGUGCGGAGCAGGCGACGGGAAAGGAGCAGUGGGAUCCGUGGGAGGAGGAGAGGAAGAGGCAGAAGGAGAGGGCAUCGAAUCCGGGGGCUACGUGGCAGCCUGA